AUGGGGAACCACGGCUCGAACCUGGACGAUAUCCUGGCGGAGGACAUGCACCACUGGUACAACAAGUUCAUGAAGGAGUCUCCGUCGGGUCUGAUCACGCUGUUCGAGCUGAAGGCCAUCCUGGGUCUGAAGGGCAUGACGGAGAACGCCAACAGCUACGUGGACCAGGUCUUCCUCACCUUCGACAUGGACGGGGACGGCUACAUCGACUUCGUGGAAUAUAUCGCAGCCGUGAGUCUGAUGCUGAAGGGAGAAAUCAACCAGAAGCUGAAGUGGUAUUUCAAACUGUUCGAUCAGGACGGGAACGGGAAGAUUGACAAAGGCGAGCUGGAGACCAUCUUCACGGCGAUACAGGACAUCACACGGAACAGAGAGACGAGUCCCGAGGACAUCGUGUCGAUCAUCUUCGAGAGGAUCGACGUCAACGGAGAAGGUGAGCUGACCCUGGAGGAGUUCAUCGAGGGAGCCAAAGACCACGAGGACAUCAUGGACAUCCUGCGGGAGCUGAUGGAUCUGACGCCGGUGCUCGUCAUCAUCGUGGAGGGCCGGACGGGCUGAGGGCCACAAACACUGAGCAACACAAGCUUUAACAAAGAACUGAACUAAACCCUCUCGCCCCUUUCAAAAUAAGAGAAAAGACUUACUCCUGAUGAUCGGUGGUCAGAGCGAGGCAGCG